AUGUCUCGGCGCAAGCAGGCCAAGCCCCAACACCUCAAGUCGGACGAGGAGCUGCCGCCGCCAGAAGGGGCUCCGGAGCACGCGGCCCCCGGGGAAGGCGCCGAGGACGGCGACAGCGGCAAGGACAGCCGGAGCGGCGGCGAGGAGACCAGCGUGUGUGACAAGUGCUGCGCCGAGUUCUUCAAGUGGACAGACUUCCUGCAGCACAAGCAGAGCUGCCCGAAAAACCCGCCGGUGCUGAUCGUCCACGAAGAUGAGCCGGCGCCCGCCUCCGAAGAGUUCCCGGAACCGUCCCCGGCGGCGAGCUGUCCGAGCGAGCAGGCGGAGAGCGAGGCUGCCGAGGAGGCGGCCCCCCCAGAGGCUGGGGAGGGCGGCGAGGUGAGGGCCCCCGAAAAGGAGGAGGAGCCCAUGGACGUGGAGCCCACGGCCACCAAGAGCUUCCAGAGCUCAGGCCCCGCGCUGCCGGGGAAGCCGCCUCUGCCCCAGGCCCCCGAGCCCGAGCCGGCGCCUGGGACCUACAGCAUGCCCAGCACCAACGUCACGCUGGAGACCCUGCUAAGCACCAAGGUGGCCGUGGCGCAGUUCUCCCAGAGCGCCAGGGCGGCGGGCACGGCGGGCCCCAGCAGCGGGGUGGCCGCGGUGGCCAUCCCCAUGAUCCUGGAGCAGCUGAUGGCGCUGCAGCAGCAGCAGAUCCACCAGCUGCAGCUCAUCGAGCAGAUCCGCAGUCAGGUGGCCAUGAUGAGCCGCCAGCCCCUCAGGCCGCCGCUGAACCCCGGGGCCGCUGCGGGCACCCAGAGCGCCCCAGUGCCCGCCUCCAGCCAGCUCCCCGGGCUGGCCACACACUCUGCCCGACAUGUCCCCGCGGCGCCGGGCCCCGCUGCCCAGCCCACAGCCUGCGAGGGCCCCCCGCCUCUGUCACAGCCAGCAUCCGGGGCGAGCACCCCACAUGUCCCCAGCGGCGGCUCAGUCCCGGAGUCCACUGGGCCGGUGUCCUCCGGCGCGGCCCCGGCCGCGGCCGCCAGCCCCUCGGGCAGCAGCACCUCGCAGCCCCAGAAAGCUCCCACACCGCCCGUCCUGGGGCCCAGCCCGCUGCUCAGCUCGGCGCCCAGCCUGCCAAACCCUCUUCUACCUCAGACCUCCGCCAGCAGCGUCAUCUUCCCCAACCCGCUGGCCAGCAUCGCGGCCACAGCCAACGCGCUGGACCCCCUGUCCGCCCUCAUGAAGCACCGCAAGGGCAAGCCCCCCAACGUGUCGGCGUUCGAGCCCAAGGCCGGCGCCGAGGACCCCUUCUUCAAGCACAAGUGCAGGUUCUGCGCCAAGGUGUUCGGCAGCGACAGCGCCCUGCAGAUCCACCUGCGCUCCCACACGGGCGAGCGGCCCUUCAAGUGCAACAUCUGUGGCAACCGCUUCUCCACCAAGGGCAACCUGAAGGUGCACUUCCAGAGGCACAAGGAGAAGUACCCCCACAUCCAGAUGAACCCCUACCCCGUGCCCGAGUACCUGGACAACGUCCCCACCUGCUCUGGGAUUCCCUAUGGCAUGUCACUGCCCCCGGAAAAGCCCGUCACCACCUGGCUGGACAGCAAGCCCGUGCUGCCCACGGUGCCCACCUCGGUGGGGCUGCAGCUGCCGCCCACCCUCCCCGGAGUGGGCGGCUAUGCUGACUCCCCCAGCCUCACCCCUGCCAGCCGCUCCCCGCAGCGGCCCUCGCCCGCAUCCAGUGAGUGCCCCUCGCUGUCCCCCGGCCUCAACAGCUCGGAGUCAGGUGCCCCAGUGGGCGUGGAGUCCCCACAGCCCGUGCUCAGUGGGUCUUCUCUGCCCAAAACAGAGCCCGUGAACCUGCCCUGCACAAACACCAGGGCGGGGGACAUAGCUGCCUGCGGGCAGGUCUCCUCCACGUCCACGGCGGCCGCCACGGCUGUCACGGACAGCAGCCUCUCCGCUGGCCUGUGCAGCCCGGUCCUCGCAGCCAGCUCUGACCAGUUCAAGGCCAAGUUCCCCUUCGGGGGACUGCUGGACUCCAUGCAGACCUCCGAGACGUCCAAGCUGCAGCAGCUGGUGGAGAACAUCGACAAGAAGAUGACCGACCCCAACCAGUGCGUCAUCUGCCACCGGGUGCUGAGCUGCCAGAGCGCCCUGAAGAUGCACUACCGCACGCACACCGGCGAGCGGCCCUUCAAAUGCAAGAUCUGUGGGCGUGCCUUCACCACCAAGGGCAACCUGAAGACGCACUUCGGGGUGCACCGGGCGAAGCCGCCGCUGCGCGUGCAGCACUCCUGCCCCAUCUGCCAGAAGAAGUUCACCAACGCCGUGGUCCUGCAGCAGCACAUCCGCAUGCACAUGGGCGGCCAGAUCCCCAACACGCCGCUGCCCGAGGGCCCGCCCGGCGCCAUGGACGCCGAGCUCCCAUACGACGACAGGGCCGCGGAGGCCCUGAGCAGCUUCGAGGACGACGCGGACGAGAACUCCAUGGAGGAGGACGUGGAGCUGAAAGACACAGCCGGCGACCCGUCCAAACCCCUGCUGCCCUACGCGGGCUCCUGCCCACCCUCGCCCCCCUCCGUCAUCUCCAGCAUCGCCGCCCUGGAGAACCAAAUGAAGAUGAUCGACUCUGUCAUGAGCUGCCCGCAGCUGACCGCGUUGAAGGCCAUGGAGAACGGGUCCGGGGACAGCGACCGCCUCAGCAAUGACUCCUCGUCCGCCGUGGGCGACCUGGAGAGCCGCAGCGCGGGCAGCCCGGCCCUGUCCGAGUCCUCGUCCUCCAUGCAGGCCCUGUCCCCCGUCAACAGCCACAGCGAGAGCCUGCCCUCCAAGUCCCCGGGCCUCAGCAACCACGAGGAGCCACAGGACAUCACACUAAAGACCGAAAGGCCGGACAGCCCACCCCCCGCCCCCGAAAACGGAGGCGCGCUGGACCUGACGGCCGCCCACCCUGGCCGGCCGGCCAUCAAGGAGGAGGCCCCCUUCAGCCUGCUGUUCCUGAGCAGAGACCGCGGUAAGUGUGAGCGCGCUGUGUGUCGUGUCUGUGGCAAGCCUUUCGCUUGCAGGAGCGCGCUGCAGAUCCACCACCGCAGCCACACCAAGGAGCGCCCGUUCGUCUGCGUGGUCUGCGGGCGCGGGUGCUCCACUGUGGGUAAUUUAAAACAGCACGUACUGACCCACAGACUGAAAGAGCUGCCUUCUCCGUUAUCUGACCCCGACUUUGCUCUAGGUCCCAGCCAAAGCGCUCCUAGCCUGGUCACCGGCUCGGCGCCCACCAUGAUCAAAAUGGAAGUGAACGGGCACAGCAAGGCCAUCACGCUGGGCGAGGGCCCCCUGCUGCCGGCCGCCGUCCAGGUGCCUGCCGGGCCGCAGGCGGUGACGAGCCCUGGCCUCGCGCCCAUGCUGGCCCCCCCACCGCGUCGGACACCCAAGCAGCACAACUGCCAGUCCUGUGGGAAGACCUUCUCCUCGGCCAGCGCCCUGCAGAUCCAUGAGCGCACCCACACCGGGGAGAAGCCCUUCGGCUGCACCAUCUGCGGGAGAGCCUUUACCACCAAGGGCAACCUCAAGGUGCACAUGGGCACGCACAUGUGGAACAAUGCCCCUGCGAGGCGCGGCCGCCGCCUGUCAGUGGAGAACCCCAUGGCUCUGCUGGGGGGAGACGCCCUGAAGUUCUCAGAAAUGUUCCAGAAGGACCUGGCUGCGCGAGCCAUGAACGUCGACCCCAGUUUUUGGAACCAGUAUGCCGCGGCGAUCACCAACGGUCUGGCCAUGAAGAACAAUGAGAUUUCUGUCAUCCAGAAUGGGGGCAUCCCCCAGCUCCCGGUGAGUCUGGGUGGGAGCGCCAUGCCCCCCUUGGGUGCCCUGGCCGCCGGCAUGGACAAGGCGCGCACGGGCAGCAGCCCGCCCACGGUGGGCCUGGACAAAGCCAACUCCAGCACGGGGGCCAGCCGGCCAUUCACGAGGUUCAUCGAGGACAACAAGGAGAUUGGGAUCAACUAG